AUGACACAUGAUUGUAUUGUUAUACCUGGAGGUGGUACUGAUUUAAAUGGAUCUCCAUCAGCUUGGAUAUGUGCUCGUCAUGAUCGAGCCAUUAAUAUGCCUUUGUCUGCAUCUUAUUCUUUGGUUUUAAGUCGUGGUACAACACAUCAUCCGCCUGUAAUUGAUAAAAAUUCAUUUCCGAUUGAUGAAGCAGCAGCUAGUGCUACUUAUUUUGCACGUCAGUGUAUUAUAGAACCGAUGGAGCCGCUAUGGCUGGAUGAACCGAUGGAAUUGCAUCGUUUAACUGUUAUUACAAAUGAUUUUCAUAUGACUCAAACAACGCUUAUUUUUGAUUGGAUUUUUUCAUUAUCAACUUCAGCAAUAGAUCGUUGUGAAAAAUGCUCCAUUGAAUAUUUUACGGUUAGCAAUCAAGAUAUGACAGAUGAACAAUUAGUAGCACGUAUUGACAAAGCACAUAGUGCAUGUGAAGAUGUAAAAACAAAAAUACAAAAGAUAAAAAAAUUUUCUCAAAUGGCACAAUUUUUAUUUAUUGAACAUGGAGCAUAUAAAGUAGAAUUUCUUCAUUCACGACGAAGUCAACUUGAUUCGUUGACUGCAUCAACAUAUUAA